CUGGGCGUUGUAACUGAAGCUGCUACAUCCACCAUGAGAUAUUUCGUUGUCAUCUGUAUCGUUGUUGCUAGCAUGCUGUUUGCCGCGGUAAGUGCACAGACUAGUUCUGACGGGAAUGGCCCGCAUCAGUUUGGCAGUCCGGAAAAUGGAAUUUACAUACGCGGUCAGAAUGAAGGACCCUACAAUGUCCCAGGCGUGACUGGCACAUUCCAGAACUCGCCCUCAACUGGAAGACAUGCAUACACAGAUGAGAAUGGAAAUACCUAUACUCACUUUCACUCCCAGUCGGGAGGAUCAGCCGCAAAAGGUCUGCCUUUGGCCAUCCCCUCUGUAUUGGUAUUCAUCUCGAUCAUUCUUAUGCGUUCAUUUUAAUUAAUAACUGAUGCUUAAAUAAAUAUUUUCAACUACUCUA